AUGAAGAUACUUCUACAGAAUAUCCUAAGACUUAUCGUGGACAGGCUUACACCGCACAUAAUAGUGCGUAGACAAAUCAACGAUAUUGAUAACGAAAACAACUUAAAACCUACUUUCCAAAGAGAAGAGAACGAAAGUGAUUCUAGAGACUCUAUGGAUUCGGAGGAAAGUGAUGACGAUCCUAAUUCAAAUCAGGAGUUGGAUUCGGAAAUGGAUUCGGUUGAGGAUGAAUAUGAUGAACCUGAAGGUGAUGGACAAGGAGGUGGCAUUUUGGGUCUUCUGGCUGGAUUAAGUGGUGGUGAAGAUGGCCAGUCUGAUUUAGGAUCGCUACUUGCAACAGUUAGUGGAAUUGUUGCCAAUUUGAGUGGCGAUGGAAUUGACUUAAACGCGUUGAUAGCUUCCGGAAUUGGUCUUUUUGUAGGAUUAUUGUCGGAAGGGAACGAAAAUCCUGGUUCUGUUAUAGCUAGUUAUUUCUUGACGUCUUUGGACACGAUUACUGGAGGUGGAUCGACAAACAAUGGAGCCUUUUUUGGUAAUUUGCUAUCCAAAUUGAUUCAAGGGAUCAGUGCUGCACUUGAUCCUGACGCAAGCUCAGAGGAGCAUGGAGAGCCGCAAAUGAAGGAUUCAGCUGGAUUUUUCUCGAGUUUACUGAUGGCGCUUCUCGGAAACAUGUCAAAAGGCAGUUCCGGUGGAAGCUCACACCCGUGGAAACGUUAUCUUGAAAUUUAUUAA